AUGAAUUUUAAUAGUAAGAAGUUACAGGUUAAGAAUAAGAACGCCGCAGAGGUGCAGAUUACGGCGGAGCAACUUAUUAACGAGGCGUUAGAACUAGAAGAGGUUGAACAUAAAGUAAAUUACAAUUUGAUAGACGAAGAAGAGCUGAACGAAUAUAAAAUAAAUAAGAGAAAAGAAUAUGAGGAUAAGAUACGUAAAAGAAGAUAUAUGAUAAGUACGUACAUAAAGUAUGCAUUAUGGGAAAUAAAGCAGAAGGAUAUUGAAAGGUGUCGUUCUAUUUUUGAGAGGGCUUUAAAUAUUGAUUAUACAAAUAAAAAUUUAUGGUUAAAAUAUAUAGAGGUUGAAUUGAUUAAUAAGAAUAUAAAUAGUGCUAGGAAUUUAUUAGAAAGGGUUGUUUUAUUAUUACCUUUGGAAAAUAUAUUUUGGAAAAAGUAUGCUCAUCUUGAAGAGAUAUUGAAUAAUUAUAUAAAUGCUCGAAAUAUAUAUGAAAGAUGGAUUAAAUUUAAAAUUGAUGAGAGUUCUUUUUUAUGUUAUAUAUAUUUUGAAGAACGAUGUAAUGAAAUAAAUAAGUGUAGAGAAAUAUUUGAACGUUUAAUUGUUAGUAUACCUAAAUUGGAAUGCUUUUAUAAAUUUAUUAAGUUUGAGAAAAAAUAUAAAAAUAUAGAUAGAGCUAGAGCAGGGUAUGAAAAAUGUAUAGAAUUAUUACCUUCAUCUUAUUUAGAUGAGAAUUUUUAUAUACAUUUUUGUAAUUUUGAACAAGAACAAAAUGAGUAUGAAAGAUGUAAAAAGAUUUAUAUAGAAGCUUUAAAAAUUUUACCAAAAAGUAAGAGUGAAUUAUUAUAUAAGCAUUUUUUACAAUUCCAAAAAAAGUAUGCUAAUAAAGAUGAAUUGAAUGAAUCGUUAUUAAUUAAAGAACGUAUUUUUUAUGAAGAUGAAUUAAAAAAACAUAGGAAUGAUUAUGAUAUUUGGUUUAAUUAUAUUAAAUUAGAAGAAUCUAAUAUAAAUAAUAUAAACAAGGAGAAAUGUAUUAUACGAAUUAGAGAUCUUUAUGAACGUGCUAUAAGUAUUAUACCUUUAAUAUCUUCUAAAAAAUUCUGGAAAAGAUAUAUAUAUUUAUGGAUCAACUAUUCUAUUUUUGAAGAAUUAUAUGCUGAAAAUAUUCAAAGAGCACGUGAUGUCUAUAUUAAUAUUAUUAAAAUAUUAUCUACUUAUGAAUUUACUUUUAAAAAAAUAUUUAUUCUUUAUGCUACUUUUGAAUUACGUCAAUUAAAUGUACACAAGGCAAGGUCAAUAUUUAAUAACGCAUUGCAAACAAUACCAAACGAGAAAAUUUUUGAAAAAUUUUGUGAAUUUGAAUUAAAACUUGGAAAUAUUCGCGAGUGUCGAAAUGUUUAUGCUAAGUAUGUGGAGGCCUUCCCCUUUAACUCGAAGGCUUGGAUUUCUAUGAUCAAUUUUGAGCUUUCCCUGGAUGAGGUUGAAAGGGCACGACAAAUUGCAGAAAUAGCUAUAAAUCUUGAUGAUAUGAAAUUACCCGAGCUGAUAUGGAAGAAUUAUAUUGACAUGGAAAUUAAUCUGCAGGAAUACGAUAAUGCAAGAAAGCUGUAUGACAGACUUUUAAGCAUAACACAACAUUAUAAGGUUUAUAAGAGCUAUGCGGAAUUCACUUACAUUUACCUGGACGACAUAGAAAUGUGCAGGAAGAUUUUAGAAGAGGGAAUUGACUUUUGUAAAAAAAAUGAAUUAAUCAAUGAGAGAUGCAUCUUGUUAAAUUUUUUGUGUGAUAUCGAAAAAGAUUAUGGAGACAAAGAAAUUAUAGACAAGACUUUAAAGCGUUUACCCAAGAAAGUCAAAAAAAGAAAAAUUAUUAAAAAUAAUGAUAAUGAUGAUGAAAUCAUUGAAGAGUAUAUAACAUAUGUUUUUCCAGAUGAUGGAAAUCAAUCACAGAAUAUGAAGAUAUUAGAAAAGGCUCUUGAGUGGAAGAAAAAAAUGGAAGAUAUGAAAAAAAAAAAAGAAGACGAUAAAAAGGAAGUUAAUGAUGAUAAUGUUGAUGAUGAUAGUGAAGAUAGUGAUGGUAGUGAAGAUAAUGAUGGUAGUGAAGAUAAUGAUGGUAGUAAAGAUAAUGAUGAUAGUGAAGAUAAUGAUGGUAGUAAAGAUAAUGAUGAUAGUGAAGAUAAUGAUGAUAGUGAAGAUAAUGAUGGUAGUAAAGAUAAUGAUGGUAGUGUAGAUAAUGAUGGUAGUGAAGAUAAUGAUGGUAGUGAAGAUAAUGAUGGUAGUGAAGAUAAUGAUGGUAGUGAGGAUGGUGAAGGGAAAUAA